UCCAGCUUCUCCUCGACAACAAAUUAUCAAGAGGAAGGUUUCCGCUUCACAACAAUCGAAAACCAUGGACUUCUCCUCUAGUGCAGCAAACCAAGAGAAAGUAUAAAUCGAGGUAAACAAUGUUGGCCCCAACUGAGGAGCCAAUUAGCUGAGGAGCCGAUCAGCUGAGGAGCCAAUCAGCAAGAGCCGAUAGGAACUAACAGUUUCAGCCACUUACAAUUAUGGCAGCUCUGCAUUCGAUGCACAAUAAAUGCCGCAUGCUGCCCACAUAGAAUGAUGCCUACACCGUAUUCGUACUAUUGGCUAUUCUACAUAUAAAGGGACAACCCGAAGGAUCUCAGGUAUGCAAUAUCAUUCAACUAUGCUGAAAUCUUUUCUUUUCAUAUUGCUUUUUUUCUAUCCUAACUUACGUAUCAGAGGGUUCUCCGUCGGAAACUCUCCGGUAAAUAGACUUUUUGUAAACCAUUCUCGAAGAAGAUCAGCUAUCCACAUCUCAGUCAGCCGGUUCAUUUCGAUUCCUACCGAUCUCAAAGUCAUCCUAACUGUAUUCCGGCCUUGAUCCGACGGCAACACAAUAUACAAUACUAUAAUUGCCUGUCACUUUCGAUUCACUUACAACUCGUACAAAAAAAAUAAAAGGAAACCAAUCCCACUACUUCCAUGGGAUGACGGGAAGGCCUACACGACAUGGUCAUGGUGUAAAAAGGACUCACUAAGAAGGGGCAAUGGAAGCAUGCGGGAAAAAAGCCACAUGCUCUCACGGCAAUUAAAGGACGAUUUGCAAAGACCGAGAAAGUUUGCAGACACUAUCGCUGGAAGCUAAAAAUAAUGCAUGUCCUUUUUCUUGCUUUUUUUUUUUACCUUCUUCCUCAUAACGGUCAGUUUUGAACCCCAAUUUUCCGGUCUGUUCCCAAAACCCAAGGAAACUUUGCCACCAAUCCUUCCUCUCAACUUAUUUCGGAUCCCAUUCCUCCUUCCUCCUUCCUCUCUCUCCUCGGCUCUCGCCGUUCCAAAGUUUCCUCCUUUUCUCUCCUCUUUCCAACCACAUGCCGUGAGGCUUCUCAUUUUCCGCUUCCCAUCAACUCCUUGAGCGACAGCAAAUUGAAGCAUCCGCAUGGACGUUUCUGCCAAGAAGCCAUUUUGCUGCCAUUCCACGCGCUUUGCCUAUCUUUCUUGGAACCCUCUUGAAAAGAGAGAGAGCUCUUCCAAGCCGUCUACAAGAGCCUAACAAGGCCCCGGAGGUAGAGGGGGGGAAGAAAGAUUGGAUUUUGGGAAGGGAGAGCAGAAAUGGAGAGCUAUCUGAACCAGAACUUUGGUGGGGUGAAGUCCAAGAACUCGUCGGCCGAGACCCUCGAGCGAUGGCGGAAGCUCUGCGGCGUUGUCAAGAACCCGAAGCGCCGGUUCCGCUUCACCGCCAACCUCUCGAAGCGCUACGAGGCGGCCGCCAUGAAGAAAACCAACAAGGAGAAGUUGCGGGUCGCUGUUUUGGUUUCAAAAGCGGCACUUCAGUUUAUACAUGGUAUCACAUUACAUAGUGAGUACACUGUACCUGAAGAAGUCAAGGCAGCAGGCUUUCAAAUUUGUGCUGAUGAAUUGGGUUCAAUUGUUGAAGGCCAUGAUGUGAAGAAAUUAAAAGUGCAUGGUGGUAUUGAUGGUAUUGCAAAUAAGCUUUGUACAUCAACAACUAAUGGACUUGUUGCUUCUGAGGAUAGGCUGAAAUGCAGGCAAGAGAUUUAUGGAAUAAAUAAAUUUACUGAAAUCCCAGUUCGAAGUUUUUGGGUAUUUGUAUGGGAAGCACUUCAGGACAUGACUCUUAUUAUUCUUGCUGUCUGUGCCUUUGUAUCUCUAAUUGUUGGCAUUUCCACAGAAGGAUGGCCAAAAGGUGCCCAUGAUGGCCUUGGUAUUGCUGCAAGCAUUCUUCUAGUUGUCUUUGUCACUGCAACAAGUGAUUACCGGCAAUCUUUACAGUUCAAGGAUUUGGAUAAGGAGAAGAAGAAGAUAUCCAUACAAGUUACACGGGAUGGAUUCAGACAGAAGAUGUCGAUAUACGAUCUUCUUCCAGGUGACAUUGUGCAUUUAUCAAUUGGAGAUCAAGUCCCUGCUGAUGGGUUGUUUGUCUCUGGAUUCUCUGUAUUGAUUGAUGAAUCCAGUUUAACAGGAGAGAGCGAACCUGUCGUUGUAAAUAAAGAAAAUCCUUUUCUUUUGUCUGGAACUAAGGUCCAAGAUGGAUCAUGUAUAAUGUUGGUAACAACUGUUGGUAUGAGAACCCAAUGGGGUAAGCUGAUGGCCACGCUUAGUGAAGGAGGAGAUGAUGAAACUCCAUUGCAGGUCAAACUGAAUGGAGUGGCAACUAUCAUUGGGAAAAUUGGUCUUUUCUUUGCAGUUGUGACAUUUGCAGUGCUUGCAAAGGGCCUAAUUAGCCACAAAAUUCUAGAUGGUUCAUACUUGAGCUGGUCAGGAGAUGAUGCAUUGGAGUUGUUGGAGUUUUUUGCCAUUGCUGUGACGAUAGUUGUUGUCGCAGUUCCCGAAGGGCUGCCCUUAGCUGUGACCUUGAGCCUUGCUUUUGCCAUGAAGAAGAUGAUGAAUGAUAAAGCACUGGUGCGGCAUCUUGCUGCUUGUGAAACUAUGGGCUCAGCAACAUCCAUCUGCAGUGAUAAGACAGGUACACUGACAACCAAUCACAUGACUGUUGUGAAGGCUUGUAUUUGUGGAGAUAUUAAAGAAGUAAGAAAUCCUGAGAUGGUGAGCAGUAUGGGCUCCCAACUUCCAGAUGUUGUAGUGAAAAUUCUUCUGCAGUCUAUUUUCAAUAACACCGGUGGAGAAGUUGUGAUCAACCAAUAUGGGAAGCUCGAAAUUCUUGGAACACCAACUGAGACUGCUUUGUUGGAGUUUGCCUUAUCACUUGGAGGAGAUUUUCAGGCAGUGCGCCAAGAAACUAAACUGGUAAAAGUGGAACCUUUCAAUUCCACAAAGAAGAGAAUGGGGGUGGUUAUCCAACUUCCUAGAGGAGAACUCCGUGCCCAUUCUAAAGGUGCUUCAGAAAUUAUAUUGGCUGCUUGUGAUAAAGUUUUAGAUCCUGCAGGUAAUGCUGUUCCCCUUGAUGAAGCAGCAGUCCGUCAUCUCAAUAAUAUAAUCGAAAGUUUUGCCAGUGAAGCUCUUCGUACAUUGUGCCUUGCCUAUACAGAAAUUGCAAAUAAUUUUUCAGCUGAGGAUCAAAUUCCAGUUAAAGGUUAUACUUGUAUUGGAAUUGUGGGUAUUAAAGAUCCUGUCCGUCCAGGUGUGAAGGAGUCAGUUGCAAUCUGCAGGUCUGCUGGAAUAACUGUGAGAAUGGUUACCGGAGAUAACAUAAACACAGCAAAGGCGAUUGCUCGGGAAUGUGGUAUUCUUACUGCUGACGGAAUAGCUAUUGAAGGUCCAGAGUUCAGAAAUAAGACUCCAGAGGAAAUGAAUGAUUUGAUUCCAAAACUUCAGGUAAUGGCUAGAUCUUCACCAUUAGACAAACAUACCUUGGUAAAACACCUGCGCACCAUACUUAAUGAAGUUGUUGCUGUGACUGGUGAUGGCACAAAUGAUGCUCCAGCACUUCACGAGGCAGAUAUUGGACUUGCUAUGGGUAUUGCAGGAACUGAGGUGGCAAAAGAGAGUGCUGAUGUCAUUAUUCUUGAUGACAACUUUUCAACCAUUGUAACUGUGGCAAGAUGGGGACGUUCUGUGUACAUAAAUAUUCAAAAGUUUGUGCAGUUCCAGUUGACUGUUAAUGUGGUCGCUCUCGUUGUUAAUUUCUCCUCAGCCUGCCUAACAGGAAAUGCUCCUUUAACCGCCGUUCAACUGCUUUGGGUCAACAUGAUUAUGGAUACACUUGGAGCUCUUGCAUUAGCAACUGAGCCACCUAAUGAGGGCUUGAUGAAAAGAGCUCCUGUAGGAAGGAAUGGAAAUUUUAUCAGCAACAUAAUGUGGAGAAAUAUCCUGGGACAAGCCUUCUAUCAAUUUAUCGUAAUAUGGUAUCUCCAGACAGAAGGAAAAGGGCUAUUUCAACUUGAGGGCCCUGAUUCUGAUCUUAUUCUUAAUACGCUUAUUUUCAAUUCCUUUGUCUUUUGUCAGGUUUUCAAUGAGAUUAGCUCUAGAGAGAUGGAGAAAAUAGAUGUGUUUCAUGGCAUCUUGGAGAACUAUGUGUUUUUGGCUGUCAUUACUAGCACCAUUAUCUUCCAAUUUGUUAUCGUUCAAUUCCUUGGGGAUUUUGCCAGCACAACUCCACUUACAUUCAAGCAGUGGCUUUUUACUGUGUUCAUCGGUUUUCUUGGCAUGCCUAUUGCUGCUGCCAUCAAAACGAUUCCUGUGGGAUCCAAGUGAAAGAUCGACAAUGACAAAAAACUGGUGCCUGCGAAGUGUUUUCAUGCUUUCAAGGCGUUUUCAGAUUACUAGCUCUAUGGCCUUUUCCAUGACUGGGGUAGCAGAGAUGAUUAUGAAGCAAGCCAUGUAGAAAGGCCAUGAAAACAAAGAAAAUAAUCUGCUCAUAUUUUGGAGCUUGUCUUAACGAUUUCUUAUGAAAUACCAUGUCAUCGGAAUUCAUUUUGUACUGGACUUAGGCCUAGAGAGCUAACAAUCCUAGGUUUUUGAGCAGCCAUUCAUAAAAGAAGGCUCAAAUUUCCUUAAAAGAUACAUUCUUUUCUAUUGUUAAGUGAUGAAUUUCAAACUUGUAAAAGGCCUUGUUUUUUCUCGGUGCAUUUUCUUGAUUUGCU